ACGAAAAGAGCCUAGGCCUCAUCCUCCCAUCUCUGACUUGUUUACAGAGAAAUUGAAGAGCAAUUGAAGAGGUGAAGCCAUGAAUGUAGAAGAAGAGGUCGAGCGUCUCAAAGAAGAAAUCGAAAGGCUUGGCAAGGUUCAAGACGAUGGUUCUUACAAGGUCACAUUCGGUGUGUUAUUUAAUGAUGAUAGAUGUGCAAACAUAUUUGAAGCUUUGGUUGGAACACUAAGAGCUGCAAAGAGGCGGAAACUUCUCACAUAUGAAGGUGAGCUUCUGCUGCAAGGAGUUCAUGACAAUGUGGAAAUCAUACUCAAACCUUCCGCAGCAGCAGCAGCACAAGUGAUUUAACUAAUCCAGGCGAGAAGAGUUGAAAGGGUUGUGUAGCUGUUUUGAUUCAUAACGUCAUAAUUAUUUAUCACACUUUGUGGAAAAAUGAUGUAAAUUGCUUUUGAGACCCAUUUGCUUGCUCCCAUGUACUUAAUAAUUUGUUAUUGCUGUUUUAUGGAAAGCGUCCAUUCAAUGA